AGAGUUGCUGAUGAAUUCUAUGGAGUGGGAUGCGCGUCUCUCGCGAAUUUCGACAGUUUUCCGUGUCAACUUGAAGUUCGAAACAUAAAACAUCAAAUUAUUCUUGCCAUAUGUUCGAAGAGUCUCUUUCUAGCAUCUCGUUGUUGUCCACUAUAAUUCGAGCUCCAAAGAACCGUUCUUUAUGAAGUUCACUUGAUCUGUUAUCGAUGAACGUAUAAAAUGUACAAUAUGUACGUACGUACAUUUAUCAAAAUUUUGUAGAGUCUAAAUACCAUAUGGUAUUUAAUAUUGGCGAUUUAUUUGUUAAUGUGCAAAGAUUUUUUAAUCAAGGGAAACAACUUGAUCGGUUAUACCUUUCUGAAAAAAGAUAAUGAAAAUAAAGUCGAUGAAGAAACGGGGCAAAACUGAGAUGUAAGUUAAUAAAUUAUUCUCAGUAGUGGCGUUUCAUUGAAAUCCAUAAAUAAACUGGUUUCUGAUUGACAACAUGCUGUGAUGACAGAUUUUGACAAUUCAUCAAAACCCUGUACUCAAACAUACAUAAAAAAUAGUUCCCUAAAAAUUAUGCGAAUAUUGGAUUAACGUACGUACGUACAUACCACGGUAUUCCUCGCUAUUAUCACGUGCUUAUUAAUGCCAGCUCUGUGUACGACAAUGCGGUAAAUAUUCUAUCAAACUUGACCAUAACCAUAUAUUAGUUGGGAUUUUUGAGAACUGCACAAUUCUUAUAUGAAAACUAUGAACGAGGCAAUUUCGCGUAUUUCCUCUCAUAGAAAUUCAGAAACUAACAGUCGUAAUCUCUUAAGUAGAUGUUUAUAGCACUGCCCUAGUUGUUGAUUUAUUAAUGUCAAUCGGUCACCUGAAAAAUUCAGAUAUUAGACAAUACUCUGUGUCUACUCGUAUCGCAUUACCAACUUUGAAGAAGAACUACAUUCAUAUCUAUCCGUGAAAUAGCAUAGAUAAGAAUUCACAGAUAUUGAUGAAGAUAUUCCAAUAACUUGUGAAUGUGUACAUAAAUACAUAUACAAACCUAUUACAAUGAUGAGGUGACGUUCAGUGGUGCCAUGCGGAAGAAAUCAAUCAGUUUCAUAUUUGCAUCUCUCUGUCUAUGGGGCGUCAUUACUUACUUUCUCUUUCUUGAUCGCCCAAUCGGAAGAGAAUACAAUAAGGACAACAUUGAAGGGCAAAUUGACGACAUAGAAAAAAAAGUAAAGCAGCAAUUCGCUGAAAACAAGAAAUUCAUCCAAGCAUUAAAACAUAAUUUAAAGGAUCAGAAGAAAUCUAAAGAUGCCAUAUCAGCUAUUCUGGUCCAAAAUCUUGACAAUAACGAACCAGCAAAGGAGCUUGUCGAUAAAAUGGAUCGCCAACCUCGACCUAUACCUGACCAAGAAAAAAAUCGCAAGCAGGUAGAUGAAAUCAAACACACAGUGUCGGACAAGUUUCUUCCUAACGGUAACCCUGUAAUAGCAGUUUUAGUUUUCUCUUGCAAUCGAAUAACUGUCCAGAGAUGUCUUGACCAACUCAUAAGUCUGAGACCCAGUGCUGAGCAAUUUCCAAUUAUUGUCAGCCAGGACUGUGAUCACGAACCAACUUCAACCAUUAUCCAGAGCUAUGGGGAACAGAUCACGCACAUCAGACAACCGGAUCAGAGGGACAUAGAUGUUCCUCCGAAAGAAAAGAAAUUUAAAGGUUAUUUUAAAAUAGCCCGCCAUUAUGGAUGGGCGUUGAAUCAAGUGUUCUUGGAAUUUGGAUAUGAAACAGCAAUCGUCGUGGAAGAUGAUUUAGACGUGGCUCCAGACUUCUUCGAAUACUUUUCUGGCACCUAUCCUUUACUGAUGAGAGACAGUACUCUGUGGUGUAUUUCAGCAUGGAACGACAAUGGAAAAUCUGAAUUGAUCGACGAAAACGGCCAUGAUUUGCUUUACCGAACAGAUUUCUUUCCUGGUCUUGGAUGGAUGUUGACCAAAGAUACCUGGAUGGAAUUGGGACCAAAAUGGCCCAAGUCAUACUGGGAUGACUGGAUUCGGAAACCUGAACAAAGAAAAGACAGGGCUUGUAUUCGACCCGAAUUAUCCAGGACAAUGACCUUUGGAAAAAUUGGGGUUAGCAACGGUUUGUUCUUUGAGAAGCAUUUAAGGUUUAUUAAGCUUAACGACGUAUUUGUGCCUUUUACCAAAAUGAAUUUAACCUAUUUAUUAAAAGAUAAUUAUGACAUGGCCUUUGUGAAUGAGGUGUAUCGGUCAAGGGUAGUGAAUUAUACGGAAUUGAAAAAGGACGCCAUACAAAACCCAGGUCCUGUAAGAAUCACCUAUCAUACACGGCAAGCAUAUAAAAAUACCGCCAAAAUGUUGGGUCUUAUGGACGAUUUUAGGAGUGGCGUACCUCGGACGAGCUACCGUGGGGUAGUGACGUUUUUCUACAAGGGACGUAGAGUGCAUUUGGCACCUAACGCAAAUUGGGCCGGUUACGAUAUAACCUGGAGCUAACACAGAGCUCCGUGUGCUUUGAAAAUGAUUUCUAACACAACAUUUUGAGUGAUUAGCCAGUUGGCCGCUAUAAAGAUUCAAAUGUACACCGACUCAUUGAUUAUUAUCACAAAAGUCUUCGCUCACCCGUACCGAGGGAUUUUGCGGUCUCGUGCUACUCUUCCCGAAGCGCCAUUGAUUUUUUUUUUCUUUCUUCAACUAUAAGCAACAUCGACUCACUGAUUAUUAUACAGAUAGCCAAAAGCGAUAUUAUAUGAAUGUGCCGUGAGGAAGAAAAAUUAUUCUUUAGAUCGGUUGUAGUCGAUAACGGUGUCCAUGCUUGGGUUUUCUUUGGUGACUUUUCUUAGGAUCUUAUGACGACCCAAUACUUUUUUUUCUCAGUUCGUGUUAUUAUUCAAAUAACUAUGUAUGACGUCAUCCUUCCAAUUAUUAAUCGUAACAUAAUUUCGAUAUCUAGAUACGAAUUAUACUCAACAUAAUCGUUCGUAUCGUUCAUAGCAGAGAGUCGUUUUCACGUUCCUUGUUAUAGGUAUGAGUUACGCGCAUACAACACAACACAAUACAACACAACACAAUAAAUAGGUAUACAUAAUACUUACAAGUAUGACUAUUUAUAUAAGAUUUCGAAAAAAAAACAAGAAAGAAAAAAAUCUAAUGGCAAUAUAAACAACUACAUCAGACCUGUUGUAAAUGAAAAUUGUAUCUAUCAUUGACUUGGUCAUUAUUUUAAAUAUUAAUUAACGUACCGAUUAAGGUGCACGUUGUUGCAGUUUAGCAGUACGUACAUAUAUUCUAUAAGCAUAGUUACAAUAUUAUUAUACAUACAUAUUGUAAUUAAAAUCUUUUACAGAAAAA